AGUAGGCAGGUUUACAACAGAUGUAGCAAUGGUUUUAUUUCAUUCUGGCCGGAGUGUCUCUUUAAGGUCCAACACUGCCAUAUUGAAUGUCAUUUUAAUCUGUCUGGGUUCCAUGAGCUAACACGUGCAUACCACUAAAAGCUCACGUUACCCAAACGCACAUUAUUCCAAAAACAUCACCAACUUUUGGGCGUUUAACAGUGCAACAAUAUUUACAGUGUGACGUCAUUUUCUGGCACCUAUUCCUGGUUAAUGGCGAUUGUGUUUUAAUUGCGCUGGUGUCAGAGUAGCCUCAAAAGAACAACAGUAAAACCCAAACCCGAAUGGAAAUGCUUUAUAAAGACCCAGCAGGGUUCAAAUUGACUUCAUUCUCUCGGUUUAGUCAUUGUGAACUUCAGUGGACAACGCAGUUUCUUCACACAGGAUCCAAACACGACAGCAUGAGCCUCAGCAAUCACCCCUUGACCUCUGUAACCUUUGUGCUCCUGGUUGCUGGGGUUGCUGUUGCUGUGACGACCCUGCACAGUUUCCGUGGCUGCGCUGUGCGGGAUUUCUCCUUUGUGGCUCAGAAGCCUGGCUGCAAGAGUCUGCGUAUACACACAGAAGCAUGCUGGGGCCGCUGCCACACCUGGGAGAGGCCAGUUCCGGAGCCUCCGUUCAUUCAGAGGCACCACCGUGUCUGCACCUACAGCCGCUGGCAUCACAUGACCAGCCGCUUACCAGGCUGCCUGCCCGGAAUCUCUCCGCUCUACCACUACCCUCAGGCCCUGCAGUGUGAAUGUAAUGCCUGUUCCUCACACUACACGGAGUGUGAGGCCUUCUGA